AUGCCAUCUCUACGCUUCCCCAACCGCCCCCAAUUCUCCGGUUUCAUGAAGCCCUGCCGGAUCGAGGGCGAAGUGCAGAAUCUCGAAGUCGUACAGGGCGAAAUCCCGCCCGACAUCGACGGCACGUUCUAUCGUGUCAUGCCCGAUCCGCAAUUUCCGCCGUUUGUCGAGGAUGAUCCUCGGUUCAACGGCGAUGGCAACGUCAGCGCCUUCAGGAUCAAGAACGGCCGAGUUUCGUUUCAGCAGCGUUAUGUCCGGACGGAGAAGUUUGUGAGGGAAAGAGAAGGGCAGAGGGCGUUGAUGGGCAAAUACCGCAACAAAUACACCGACGCAAUCGAAUUCCAAAUCCGCAGCACAGCCAACACCAACGUCAUCUACUUCAACCGACGCCUGAAGGAGAACUCGUCUCCCUACGCGCUGGAUCCCAUCACCCUCGAAACGCAGGGUCUUCUUGUGCAGUGGUUCCGCUACCGAAACUCCUUCCCCGGCCACACGGCCAACGCAUUCGAAGACCAAAACGGCCUCAUCGCCUUCGACCUCGGCCUCUCCGACAAGAACGUCUUCUUCUGGUGGCCCAAGGCAAACGGCCACGCGCCCGACCCAAGCGAUAUCCACUCGCAGCUGGUCCGCUUCACCAUCGACCCGCAUUCUCCGUCCGAUAGACUGGACCUCGCAGACCCGCAUGUCCUGAGUCGCUUCAACAGCGAGUUCUAG